AGAUGUGUUUUUUAACCAUAUUUGAUCUCGUCCAAAAUGUUUCCCCAGAGUUCCAUCAUUGGUAAAUUGGAUGUUAAAGAAGCACUUGGAUGUCUUUGCUAAAGGAGUUAUAGACAGAAGUUGGACACAGAAUAGGCAAAAAUACAAAAAUGCCUGUCAUAAAAAUCAUUAGGUCCCUUUCUUCAGACUGUUCCUACUGUAAUAUCUGUUUCUUUGUUGUUGCUUGUUUCUUUUUUUUCCUUUUUUUUUAUCCUUCAGGCAUGGAUCCCAAAAUACAAAGGUCCAAUCUCCCCAGAGAGUGCAUCCGGCAUUUCUUCCCAAAACGGAAGUGUUUUGUCUUUGACCGGCCAACAAAUGAUAAAAAACUCCUAGCCAAUAUUGAGAAGGUUGAAGAAAACCAACUGGACCCUCAAUUCCAGGAACAAACAAAGAAUUUCUGUUAUCACAUCUUCACCCAGGCGAGGACCAAGACCCUCAAAAAAGGAAUCCUGGUCACCGGGAAACGGCUAAAGACUCUGGUGGUGACUUAUGUGGAUGCCAUCAACAGUGGAGGAGUGCCUUGUUUGGAGAACGCGGUGACAGCUCUGGCCCAGCUUGAGAACUCGGCGGCCGUGCAGAAGGCAGCCGAGCACUACAGCCAGCAGAUGGACCAGCUAGUGGAGUUCCCCACAGACACGCUCCAGGAGCUGCUGGACCUGCACGCAGCCUGUGAGAAGGAGGCCAUUGCAAUCUUCAUGGAGAAGUCCUUCAGGGAUGAAAACCAGGUGUUCCAGAAGCAUCUUGUGCAGAUGAUCAGGGAUAAGAAGGAUGAGUUUGUGCGGAGGAAUGAAGAGGCAUCUACCAAAUACUGUGAGGCUGAACUUGAACAGCUUUCAGUGAACCUACUGGAAAGUAUUUCAGCAGGCAUUUUCUCUGUUCCUGGUGGUUACGAGCUCUACAUGGAAGCAAAGGACAGGAUUGAACGGGACUACUGGCAAGUGCCCAGGAAAGGGGUGAAGGCAAAGGCGGUGCUCCAGAGCUUCCUGCGGUCGCAGGUGGCCAUCGGGAAGUCCAUCCUGCAGGCGGACAGAGCGCUCACGGACAAGGAGAAGGCCAUGGCAGAGGAGCGGGCCAGGAAGGAGGCAGCUGAGAAGGAACAGGAGCUGAUGACACAGAAACUGCAGGAGCAGCAGCAGCAGAUGGAGGCGCAGAAGAGGAGUCUCGAGGAAAAUAUAUGUCAACUGAAGGAGAAGAUGGAGAGGGACAGAGAGAACCUAAUCAGAGAGCAGAACUCGAUGUUGGAGCAUAAACUGAAGGUUCAAAGAGAUCUGCUGAAAGAAGGAUUUACAAAGAAAUCUGAAGAGAUGAAUGCAGAGAUCAAUCGUUUGCGAAAGAUGAUUGAUUCUACUGAAGAUGACACUCCCUGGAUUGCAAAAGCCUUAGAUAAACUUGGCACUGAACUCACUAUUAUAUUGUCUGCUCCUGCUCAACUUGUUGGUUCUCUUGUAAAAGGCAUUGGCUCACUAUUUAAAAAGAAAUAGUUCUCCUUUGAAGGAAAUUAUAGAAUGUGGAUAUAUGCUAUGGCUUGCUUUGGCAUGCAUUGUUUUCGAUUUCAUUCAUCCACAUUUUAAACAUAAAAAGUGAGUACUAAAAUAUAUAAAUGCUGAGCCCACGUUAAAUAGAAUAAAUGCACAUACUCUUAGAUAUAGUAUGUUCACUUUUUGAAAUACAUACGUUGCCCGGCUGGGCAUGGCUCAAAGGUUGAGCGUUGACCUAGGAUCCAGGCGAUCAGGGUUCGAUUCCUGGUCAGG